GACCAGUUCAGAAAAGCUAGUAAUAGUCAGUGUUUGUUCGACAUCCGUUGGAACAGGUUGAACUCUUUAAGUUUCGUAAUCCAUCAUACGAGUGUUUGCAUCAACAAAGUUUAUAUCUCAGCUUAAGAAAGGCGAGUGCGGCCGUGUUGGUUCCGUGAAUGAAAUGACUAUCGACUUGUAUCAUAUUUCAUUAAGUUCCCCAUGCCGUGCAGUCAGAUUAGCUGCAAAGCUAAUCGGGGUGGACUUAAACCUCAAGGUUAUCAAUAUCUUUGAAUGGGAACACUUGACUCCAGAAUUUUUGAAGAUGAAUCCUCAACACACGAUCCCUGUUCUGGAUGACAAUGGAUUUUACUUGACGGAAAGUCGUGCCAUUAUGACGUAUUUAGCCAGCAAAUAUGGAACAGAUUAUUCUUUGUAUCCAAAGGAUGUUCAGAAGAAAGCUAUCGUGGAUCAGAGACUUUUCUUUGAUAUGGAAAUAAUAUUUCAGCCCUUCAAAGAUUAUUUUUUACCACUGGUUUUGAAAAAAGGCCAUGACGAGGUGAAAUUUCAAGAAAUUCCUAGGAAUCUACCCUUUCUUGAAAAAAUACUUGAGAACUCAGAAUUCGUAGCAGGGGGUUCUAUUACAAUAGCUGAUGUUGCACUCGUCACUACUGUUUCUAAUUAUGAGGUGGUUGGUGUUGACCUCACCAAGUUUCCAAAUAUUCACCGGUGGUAUACUACGUGCCAAAAAAUACUACCGGGUUAUGACGAAAUUAAUCUGAAAGGAGCCAUUGAAUUAAAAGAGCUUUGGGAAGAUUUAAAGUCAAAAGGGAAAUCUGAAGACAUGACGAUCGAUUUGUACUUCCACCCAGCGAGUGCACCUUGCCGCGGUGUUUUGCUGGCGGCAAAGUUAAUCGGUGUUGACCUCAACAUUAAGCAUACAAACGUGGCUAAGGGUGAAAAUAUGACACCACACUUCCUGAAGAUGAAUCCUCAACACACAAUCCCAACGUUGGAUGACAAUGGGUUCUACCUGUGGGAAAGCCGUGCAAUAAUUACCUAUCUGUUCAACAAGUACGGUAAAGAUGACUCGUUGUACCCUCAAGACCCUAAAAAACGAGCAAUCGUUGACCAAAGAUUCUAUUUUGACAUGGGUACCCUUUUGCAACGGUACAUCGACUAUUUUUACCCCAGCACUUUCUUCGGAGCUCCUGCUGAUCUGGAUAAGCUGAGAAAAUUGGAGGAGGCAUUUGGAUUUUUGGAUGUAAUGCUGGAGGGAUCUAUAUACGCAGCAGGGGACUCAAUCACGUUGGCAGAUGCGUCUCUCGCAGCCUCGGUCUCAACAGUCGAUAUUGUCGGUAUAAUAGAUCUUAAAAAAUACCCGAAUGUCAAUAGAUGGUUUACGGCAUGCAAGAGAACUCUACCAGAUUACGAGGAAGCUAACGCCGAGGGUGCUGCUCUCUUCAAACAGUUGGUGGAUCAGUAUGCAGUUCGAAAAUUGCAAUAACUCACUACAUUAACAUAAUCAUCGCGCAUUACUCGUAUUUAAUUUUCUAUUUAAAUUGUUGUCAAGCAAACUUUUCCAUUAAUUGGGUAAUGCAAAAAUACCCCAUACACAUACUUCCGUGCUGAGGAAAAACGCCGCGCCGCGCCGUUUGAACCUUCAGGCGUUGCCAAAUGUCAUUCGACAUAAAUAACUAAUUUACAGGCGUGCAUAUUUUUCCUCUAAUUUCUCAGAUGAUUUGGUUUGUACUUUGAUCUAAAGAGUCUGAAAAUGUCAAGGAAAAAUAUUCAUAACUUUUCUCAAAGAUAAACAUUUUAUCGGAGGAAAUUUGGCAACUUUCGAAUGUUCUUCCUUGGCACGGCAGCAUAGAGGUACCUAUCAAGUAUUUAUGAAUAUCACCAUAUUCCUGAAACACAAAAAUGAAACCACCGCGACGUAAAGUCAAACAAAAUUAUAAAUGUAUCAAGUUUAUAUAAGUAUUAUACUUAAAAUGUACUUCUUUAUUUUAUGCAAUGUACAGAUUUGAAGUGGAUUUAAAAUUUCUCUUUUUCAAUCUUCCA